CUGCCUCUUCACUCAUUCCUCCGAACCCUAGUUGUUGUAUUGUCUCGUUCUCUCUCCGCCUCUUUUUUUUUUUCCUUAGUUAUUCUCGCCCUAAAUUAGAAGCAGCAUUAAGAAUACAAUGGCCGGAAAAGGUGAAGGCCCUGCGAUCGGAAUAGAUCUAGGAACCACGUACUCGUGCGUCGGCGUUUGGCAACAUGACAGAGUCGAAAUUAUUGCCAACGAUCAAGGCAACCGAACGACGCCGUCCUACGUUGGAUUCACCGACACUGAGCGUCUCAUCGGCGACGCGGCUAAGAAUCAAGUCGCCAUGAACCCUACUAACACUGUUUUCGAUGCUAAGCGACUUAUUGGUAGGAGAUUCAGUGAUGCCUCUGUACAGAGUGACAUCAAGUUGUGGCCUUUCAAGGUCAUUCCUGGUCCAGGCGAUAAGCCAAUGAUUGUUGUGAAUUACAAGGGUGAGGAGAAACAGUUUGCUGCAGAGGAGAUCUCUUCUAUGGUGCUCACCAAAAUGAAGGAGAUUGCCGAGGCUUACCUUGGUUUAACAAUCAAGAAUGCAGUUGUCACCGUCCCAGCCUACUUUAAUGACUCACAGCGUCAGGCAACUAAAGAUGCUGGUGUCAUUUCUGGCCUGAAUGUUAUGCGCAUUAUAAAUGAACCCACAGCUGCUGCAAUUGCUUACGGGCUAGAUAAGAAGGCUACUAGUGCAGGUGAAAAGAAUGUGCUGAUAUUUGAUUUGGGGGGUGGUACAUUUGAUGUUUCCCUGCUCACAAUUGAGGAGGGAAUUUUUGAGGUCAAGGCCACAGCUGGUGAUACCCAUUUGGGAGGUGAGGAUUUUGAUAACAGAAUGGUGAACCACUUUGUCCAGGAGUUUAAGAGGAAGAACAAGAAGGACAUUAGUGGGAACCCAAGAGCAUUGAGGAGGUUGAGAACUGCUUGUGAGAGAGCAAAGAGGACUCUCUCAUCAACUGCUCAAACUACAAUUGAGAUUGACUCUCUCUUUGAGGGUAUUGACUUCUACUCCACCAUUACUCGUGCCAGAUUUGAGGAGUUGAACAUGGAUCUCUUCAGGAAGUGUAUGGAGCCUGUUGAGAAGUGUUUGAGGGAUGCUAAGAUGGACAAGAGCACUGUACAUGAUGUUGUGCUUGUUGGUGGAUCUACUCGAAUUCCCAAGGUGCAGCAACUGUUGCAGGACUUCUUUAAUGGAAAGGAGCUUUGCAAGAGUAUCAACCCAGAUGAGGCUGUUGCUUACGGUGCUGCCGUUCAAGCUGCUAUCCUUAGUGGUGAGGGUAAUGAGAAGGUUCAGGACCUCUUGCUGUUGGAUGUUACACCGCUGUCUCUUGGUUUGGAGACUGCUGGAGGGGUUAUGACUGUUCUGAUUCCUAGGAACACAACUAUUCCAACAAAGAAGGAACAAGUGUUCUCAACUUACUCAGAUAAUCAACCUGGUGUGCUGAUUCAGGUCUACGAGGGAGAGAGAACAAGAACCAGAGACAACAACCUGCUGGGUAAAUUUGAGCUGUCUGGUAUUCCCCCAGCUCCUAGGGGAGUGCCUCAGAUCACCGUUUGCUUUGAUAUUGAUGCCAAUGGUAUCUUAAAUGUGUCUGCUGAGGACAAGACCACCGGACAAAAGAGUAAGAUUACAAUUACCAAUGACAAGGGUAGACUUUCAAAAGAUGAGAUUGAGAAGAUGGUCCAGGAAGCCGAGAAAUACAAGGCGGAGGAUGAGGAACACAAAAAGAAGGUGGAGGCCAAGAAUGCACUGGAGAAUUAUGCCUAUAACAUGAGGAACACAGUGAAGGAUGAAAAGAUUGGAUCAAAGCUCAGUCCAGCUGAUAAGAAAAAGAUUGAGGAUGCUAUUGAUCAGGCAAUUUCAUGGCUUGACAGCAACCAGCUUGCUGAGGCUGAUGAGUUCGAAGAUAAGAUGAAGGAGCUUGAGAGCAUUUGCAAUCCCAUUAUUGCCAAGAUGUACCAAGGUGCAGGUGGUGACAUGGGUGGUGGUGCCAUGGAUGAUGAUGCUCCCUCAGGCGGUUCAAGCGGUGCAGGCCCCAAGAUUGAAGAGGUUGACUAAGAGAGUGGAUUCUUUUGAUUAUUGGCAUUUCGUAUGUUGCUUUUAGUUUCGAUAUAUGAUGGCCUUCAGGAUUAUUUGCUGCCAUCAGUCUUUUUUAUUUUUAAAACAUCAUUUUGUCGUGCAAUGUUGUCGGCUGCUCUGAGCCUAUCAUUUUUUUCUGUCGUGCCAUCAGUUUUUGUUUUUGAAUCCUAAUUUUGUCGCGCCAUAUUGGCUGCUUGAACCUUAUUAUUAACGUCAUAUUCUAGUUUCUGUUAUCCUAUGGAGCUUUGUCUGUUC